UUGAUCUGUUAUGUUCAGAGUGGAGUGGCUGGUGGUGGAUGAAUCAGAUAAACUCUUUGAGGAUGGCAAGACGGGUUUCAGAGAGCAGCUCGCCACCAUUUUCCUGGCCUGCUCUUCUCCUAAAAUCCGCCGGGCUUUCUUCAGCGCCACCUUCGGCACAGAUGUAGAGCAGUGGUGUCGACUGAACCUGGACAAUCUCGUCUCUGUCAACAUUGGACCCAGGAACACAGCAGCUGAGACAUUGGAGCAAGAGUUGCUGUUUGUGGGUUCAGAGAGUGGAAAAGUGCUGGCUAUGAGAGACCUUAUAAAGAAGGGCUUUCUGCCACCUGUGCUGGUGUUUGUUCAGUCUAUCGAUCGAGCCCGAGAGCUCUUCCAUGAGCUGGUGUACGAGGGAAUAAACGUUGACGUGAUCCAUGCAGAACGCACCCAACAGCAGAGGGACAAUGUUGUUACCAGUUUCCGUUCGGGGAAGAUCUGGGUGUUGAUCUGCACUGCUCUUCUGGCUCGAGGAAUUGACUUCAAAGGCAUCAACCUCGUCAUCAACUACGACUUCCCAACUACUGCUGUCGAGUACAUCCAUCGGAUUGGGCGCACGGGAAGAGCAGGACACAAAGGAAAAGCAAUAACCUUCUUCACCGAGGACGACAAACCUCUCUUACGCAGCAUUGCCACAGUCAUAAAACAGGCCGGAUGUCCUGUGCCUGACUACAUGCUCGGCUUCAAGAAAAUCAAAAGCAAAGUGAAGCGACAGCUUGCUAAGAAACCACCCAGACGGUCGACUAUUCGCACAACCCCUCGCAUCCUCUUUCAGAAAAAAGUCAGCAAGGGGAAAAGAAUGGAGUCUGUUGAUGGCUCUAGUGCUCUUCCAGAUGGCAAUGAUAUGGCUUUUCUGUAA